AUGUAUGGCUGCUUGGGGUUUACAAAUUCAAGAUUUUAUGCAAAACCAUUGGCAGUUUUAAUCACUUCAAAAGGAAGAGAAAUCUUACAGGAUACUGUUGAUUUGGCAGAAAAAGAAUCAAUGGAGGUUAUUUAUGGUGACACAGAUUCAAUAAUGAUCAAUACAAACACAUCAGAAAUGCAAAAGGCAUUAGAAGUUGGAAAAUUUUUGAAAGAAAAAGUUAAUAAACGAUACAAAUUGCUUGAGAUAGAUAUUGAUGGAUUUUUUGAAAGGCUUUUAUUAUUAAAGAAAAAGAAAUAUGCAGCUGUUGUUGUAGAAAAGAAAAAUGGAACACUUGUUCGUCAUAAUGAGUUUAAAGGACUUGAUUUGGUGAGAAGGGAUUGGUGUGAAUUAGUUCAUGAUGCAUCAAACUAUGUCUUAAGUCAAAUACUUUCUAGUUCUGAUCAAGAUACAGUGCUUAAAAAUAUUCAUCAGUUCCUUACUCAAUUGGGAGAAAAUACACGUCAAGAAAAAUUUUCAUUGGAUAAAUAUAUAAUAAAAAAGAAUCUCACCAAAUCACCUGAAGCUUAUUCUGACAUUAAAAGUCAACCACAUGUAAAAGUUGCAUUAAGAAUGAAACAAAAAGGAGCUAGUGCACAUCAAGGAAAUACUAUUCCUUAUAUAAUAUGUAAAAAGGAUGGGGGAGAUAACUCUAAAAAUGAACAUGUUUCAGAAUAUUUUGAAUGGUAUUUAACACAACAAGUUCAUGCUGCUAUAACCAGAUUAUGUGGAUUUUUGAAAAAACAAACAGUUCAAGAAUUUCUGAUUGUUUAG